UACACCUGCAAACGUAAGGAAAAAACACAAGGGCAUGCAAAUACCUGCACGGUUUAUUGAAUCGAUUUAUAAACGGGCAAAGUUAAUACUGUCGGUUAGUCUGCGGGACACGACAGAGAGAAAAGGAACUUAGGAUAUCGGAUAAACUAUAUAAGCCUAAAAUGUCUCAAGGCGGUAUAACUGGUACUGGAAGGACGAACAGAAUAACAGAUGAUGCAGAAAGAUUGUUUUGGGAGAACUUUUUUACAUUCUAUUUCUAUGAGCCCGAUACAGCGGUUGAGGAAGAUCAGAAACCACCGGAAGAAAUUGAUCCUGAUGUUCUGAAAAUCGUAAAAGUUGACCAUAACAUCAAGGAGAAUACUGUUGCUCACCACACUGAUACGUUUGACAUAGCAGAUGCCACAGCUUAUGAUUCGCGGGAAAAUCUUGUUGUGAGACGAGGCCAGGACUUUACAUUUAAGAUAAAAUUUAACAGGUCCUAUGAUGAUAAGAAAGACGACUUACGUCUUGUGUUUGAAUUUGGAAAGCGUCCAUCAACACCAAAGGGAAGCUAUGUUGAAUUCAUCCUUUCGGCGAAAGAUGUUCCAAAAGAGUGGGGUGCUUAUAUUAAGUCGGAUUCGAACGGUUGGCUAACAAUAGUGGUAACAACACCUCCAACUUGUGCUGUGGGGAAAUGGACAAUGAAAAUAGAUGUCGUGAAGAAGAAAGAUAAUAAAUCAGUUGUCUUCAGAUAUGUUCACAAAGAUCCCAUUUAUAUCCUCUUCAAUCCAUGGUGCAAAGAUGACGGAGUGUUUAUGGAGAACAAGGUAGAUAGGGAUGAAUACAUUCUGAAUGAAACAGGUAAACUGUAUAGAGGGAGCAAAUAUCGCAUUUCUCCAUGUUUGUGGAAUUUUGGACAGUUUUCCGGAAACAGUUUGGACUGCGCCUUGUAUUUGCUGGAUGAGAUGUCUGUCUUAAAUGGUAACGCCCGUGGAGACCCUGUACAGAUCGUUCGAAAACUCUCCGGUUUGGUGAAUGAUUUCGACAAUAAUGGGAUUCUGGCGGGGAAUUGGAGCGGUGAUUACGAAGGAGGGGUAUCACCACUUUCCUGGAGCGGCAGUGUUGAGAUUAUUGAAAAGUACUUCGAAACCAAGCAACCAGUCAAAUUCGGGCAAUGUUGGGUGUUUUCAGGGGUUACAACAACACUAUGCAGAGCUUUGGGCAUUCCAGCAAGAAGUGUGACAAAUUUUGCAUCUGCCCACGAUCAUGAUGGCAGUAUGACUAUUGACACAGUGUACAAGGACAAUGAGAAAGUUGAUGAUCUGUCUGACUCUGUGUGGAAUUAUCAUGUAUGGAAUGAAGUCUGGAUGACACGACCAGAAUUACCAAAAGGUUAUGGAGGUUGGCAGGCAAUAGAUGCCACUCCGCAGGAAGCUAGUGGCGGUGUAUAUUGUUGUGGGCCUGCAUCGGUUAAAGCUAUCAAGAAUGGAGAUGUAGGUUUUAAUCAUGAUGGACCAUUUAUAUUUGCUGAAGUGAAUGCAGAUCGAGUCUUCUGGCAAAUCAAUGAGGGCGGCAAAAUGGAGAAAACUUCCAUUCAUAAAAAGGCAGUUGGAAUGAAUAUAAGUGCGAAAAGAGCAUCUGGGAAAGCCUCGGGAAGAGAUUUAUAUGUGUGUAGUGAUCUAGAUAGAGAGGAUCUUACCAGUAACUACAAGUUCCCUGAAGGUUCACAUGAAGAAAAAGCGGCUGUCCUUAAGGCAAGUCAGUUUUCGACCAGACAAGACGUCUAUGAAACGAAAGAAAAGGAUGUUGAGUUUGAAGUAAAGUUUGAUCAUAAGAACACGUUUAUUGGUGAUCCAUUCAAGCUGGAAUUGAACAUGAAAAAUAAAAGUGGUAACUUACGGACUGUUACUGGGACAUUGGUGAUUUCCACGGUUUAUCAAACAGGCAUCACGUUUAAAGAUGUGCAUAAGGAGAAAAUCAGCAGCGUGUCUAUGAAUGGCAAGGAAAGCAAGACAAUCAGUGCUGAAGUACCAGUUAACGAGUACCUGUCGAAACUAACGGACGGUUGUAUGUUUGGUGUAUCUUGUAUGUUGAUGGUUCAUGAGACGAAACAAACAUUUGUCUACAAUGAUGACAUGAGGCUGAGGAAACCCCACCUUACAAUCGAGGCACCAAGCAAUGCGAGGGUCGGGGAGAAAUUUAAAGUGAAAGUUUCGGUGAAGAACCCAUUACCUGUUACCUUGACAAACUGCAAGUUGGUAAUUGAAGGACCUGGUAAUCAGAAACCCAAAACUGUAAACCAGAGCAAUGUAGAGAAGGGGAAAAUGUUCGAAUAUAUGUUUGAGCUAACUCCAGUUAAAGCCGGAAAGAAAGAUAUCAUUGUCGUGUUUAACUCAACUCAAAUUGAAGGCGUGGACGGCUUAUACUCUGUGACAGUUUCCAAAUAAAUAACAUUUGCUAUUGUGUUAGUGAUAUACUUUUAUCUGCACUCAUUGCUAUAGGGGAAUGAGUGUCUUUUUUAUUUAGUAUUUGCUUAUUAUAAAACUUGAGGGAUUGCUUUACAGUGGAACAAUGAAUGUUUCAACUUAUUUCAAUAAGUUAAGAUAUGAUCCUUGGACUUUAAUAACAGCUCUCAUUUAUAUAUAUUUUUUCUUGCUUGCUUGUUAAAACCUUUUAGUGAGAUGGUUUUAGUGAGCAAUGCAUAAUAGAACAAUGUUUUUUUACGAAGCGUGUAUUUGCUUUGUGUGCUUCUUGAGUUUAUUUUAUACAAAAAGAUCAAUUUAGUUUUAUACACUUUAGAAAUUUAAGCAUUGCAACUUUUUAUACUCCAAGAAAUCUGAAUAUUAUCUGCUUCACAUAAAUUAGAGACCGUCAUAUGCAAUUUGUAACCUAGAGGAUGGGUUUCUUACUAUGAGAUUCAUAAGUGCAUGUAAAUAUCUAAAGUUGCAGUAUAGAGUCAUUUCUUAUGCAUAUUUGUCAUCUGAAAUCCAAAAUGUUGAAUGGCUAUGCUUAGAUGAGUAUUAUUUUCAGACAUGUAACAAACAUAUACCUUACAUCACAAUCAGUAAAUAGUUCAGUGUUGUCAGUAACAUGUAACUCGGCAGUCAAGAUGAAUCUGUUUUUGAGCGUUUUUUUUUUUUUUUUUUUUUUUUUUAUUUAGGCUUAAUUUUGUUUUUGCUUUUUUUUCUCUUAAAUUUUAUAAAGCUGUCUGAAUAUAUAUGAUAUAUCGGUUAGGUAUAAUAUGUAUAGGUAUUUCUUAAAUAAAUCAAAUCAAAUCAAAAUGAUAACAUGAUCUAAUUGAUUAUAUCUAUGUUUUCAAGAUGUAAAAUGUUUAUUACAAAUAGUUACUGUCUGGGGACCUAAUGUAUCUUUUGGAUAUGUUUGUAUUAUAUACAUAUGUAACCCGUAAAUGUUUUCGUAUAUGUGUAAUACAUGAGAUGUAUAUGCUAUGUAUGUGUGUUUGUAUUCACACAAGUGACUUUUUUUUAUGUUUUAUGCACACUGAGUGUUAUGUUUUUUAUGCUUUCGUCACCGUUAUGUUUACGUUCUCUUGUUUAAAUAAACUGCUAUAAAUUCUUUA